AUGAUUUCAUAAGAGAUUUCUUUGUAUCCUUUGCUAUUUCAAAGACAUCUAAUAUUUCAAUUUAGAAAAUUAAAUUGCCACAUAGAUAAGUCAGAUGGCUUGGUAGUACAAUAUAAAGAUUUAAGAAUUUCUGCUUUGGAAAUCAAAGUCUAUACAUGUUUCUCCUUUGGUUGUUAUGACAGAGCGAAGGGUACUAUAUUCAAAAAGAUUCUAUGAUGAACAAUUUAGGUGCAAAAUUUUGUAUUGCUUACUUUAUCUCUUUUACGUCUAGUGUCAUCUCCUUUUCAUUUGAAAUAGUAAGAAUAAAAAUGAUAAUGCAAUAAAGGAUUUCUUAAUCAUUAUUAUUUUUUAAUUACGCAGUCUAGAUUCUUAUAAAGGAAGGAUUACAGUUUUUCAAAGGAGCUCUCCCAUAAUCCAUUUUUGGAAGCAGAUCAGCUCCAACUUUAGUCCUUUAUCAUGAUAUCUAACAAUUUUUCUUCUUAGUUCUAAACAUCAAGGAAGGAAUUUGA